UUUUACAACUUGUAUCUGGCAACACACUCAGACGCCACUCUCACUGCUGCUGUCGUCACACUGAGGUCAGGUAGACGGAGCGAAGAUGGCGACCGCCUACCAGAGAUAUAAUUUGCACACAACCCCAGAGAAGUUCUUCAUAGAGGCCUGCGAUGAGGGGGCUGAUGCUGUGCUGGCAAUCGACAGGGUCUCAAAUGAGAUGACCCUCAAAGGUAAAAAAGACGUCCCCCCCUCAGCGGUCACCAGACCUAUAUGUGGCAUCAUGGGAACCGUCCGCCUGGUAGCAGGGAUGUACCUGAUAGUCAUCACCAGGAAGAGGAAUGUGGGCAGCCUCCUGGGCCACGCUGUGUGGAAGGCUGUGGACUUUGACGUGAUCUCUUACAAGAAGACUGUGCUGCAUCUCUCAGAGAUCCAGUCUCAGGAGAAUAAGACUUUCCUGUCCAUGAUAAACAAUGUGCUGAUGACAGACGGCUUCUACUUCUGCACUGACUACGACCUGACGCACACUCUGCAGCGGCUGGCCAACACCAGCCCUGACUUCCAAGAGAUGAGUCUGCUGGAGAGGGCAGAUCAGAGGUUUGUGUGGAAUGGGAACCUCUUGAGAGAGCUGGCUGCACAGCCAGAGCUUCAUAAGUUUGCACUUCCUGUGGUCCAUGGAUUCAUCGUCAUGAAGCCGUGUCGUAUAAACGGAAAGAUCUUUGAGUGGAUCCUCAUAUCCAGGAGGAGCUGCUUCCGGGCCGGCGUCAGAUACUACGUUCGAGGCAUCGACUCUGAAGGCCAUGCUGCCAACUUUGUGGAGACUGAGCAGAUAGUUCUGUAUGAGGGAGCAAAGGCUUCAUUUAUACAGACACGAGGCUCCAUCCCCUUUUACUGGAGUCAGAGGCCCAACCUCAAAUACAAACCUAAACCUGUCAUCAACAAAACCACCAAUCACAUGGAUGGUUUCCAGAGGCAUUUUGACUCUCAGCUCCUCAUCUACGGGAAGCAAACUAUUCUGAACCUGGUGAACCAGAAGGGCUCCGAGAAGCCACUAGAGCAGGCCUUUGCCAAGAUGGUGUCUGGCAUGAACAAUGGUAUGCUCAAUUACAUCGCCUUCGACUUCCACAAAGAGUGCAGCCACAUGAGGUGGGACCGUCUCCAGAUCUUAGUGGAUGAUGUCGCUGAGACGCAAGAUCAAUACAGUUACUUCAUGGUGAACCCAGACGGGAAGACGGUGGCCCAACAGAGAGGACUCUUCCGCAGUAACUGCAUGGACUGCCUGGACAGGACCAACGUCAUCCAGAGCCUGCUGGCCCGACGCUCCCUUCAGUCUCAGCUUCAGAGGAUUGGGGUUCUGAAUGUAGGUCAGCGGAUUGAAGAGCAGGCCGAGUUUGAAAAGAUCUACAAGAACGCAUGGGCUGACAAUGCCAAUGCAUGUGCUGUUCAGUACGCAGGAACUGGAGCCUUAAAAACAGACUUCACAAGGACGGGGAAGAGGACCAGGUGGGGCCUGCUGAUGGACGGCUGGAACUCAAUUAUCCGCUACUACAAAAACAACUUUUCUGAUGGAUUCAGACAGGAUUCGAUUGACCUGUUUCUCGGUAACUUUGCUGUCGAUGAGUCUGACGGACCCACUCCUCUUCGUGUGCAGAAGGACUGGAAGUUCCUCACGCUGCCCAUCAUUAUGCUGGUGGCAUUUUCUAUGUGCAUCGUCUGUCUUCUCAUGGCCGGUGACACGUGGACAGAGACCCUGGCCUACGUGCUGUUCUGGGGGGCUGCUAGUGCCAUCACAGCCACUAUCAUCCUUUUCAAUGGCCAAGACUUUGUGGACGCCCCCAAACUGGUUCACAAGGAGAAGCUGGACUGAGUGUGUGUGUGAGUGUGUGUAUGUGAAUGUGAGGAGUGUCUGUAGUCUUCUUCCCCAGGUCUGGACUCCAGACUGAUCUGCUGCCUCCAUUCUACCCUCCACACCUGUUUGUCUACAACAUCUUUUACCUUCUUCAGUUGUUCUGCACACACUCUGUCACAUGGUCUACCUUAUAGUUACAUACUGUAUCUUGAGGUUGGUUCUUCUGGUUUGUUGGUUUUGUUGGUGUUAUGUUGUCAGUUAUACAGAGACUGUGAUGGCACUUUACUUUACUGUUUCAAUUUUCUUUAGUUUCCUUUAGAAAAAACAAUGUAUAACACUACUGCUCAUUUUCUUAUUCCUUUACCAUUCUUAAAAUGUUAAAUGUCAUAAUGCUAUAACAAGCAUUUUUCUGUUGUGCUUCAGUACACGCCUUUUAGUGAAAGGUCCUACACACCCACAUCCGUGUUUUCAUUACUCUGGCUGAGUAGACCUCCAGUCAGGGGGAAGUUUGGUGGAGCUAUGCUGAAAAUGUCAUGAUGUCACCAAACUCUAUGGACCAAUAGAAAUGAUGGAGCUUGUAAGAUGUCCCGCCCUAACGGGUCCAAUGAAACCAACAGAGGAAUGAAGGAGGUGUUACGUGCAGUUUGGACAUCUUUUUGAACUUGUGGGCAGAACCAAGCUGAGACACUAUGAAGUUGAUGUGGUGAACACCUCUGUUUGUUUGGUGUAGGGCCGCUAGUGUACACAGAGUUAUCAGAGCUUUUUCACUGUAAGAAGCUGCCUGCUGCUUUUUGCACUGUAAAACCAAAACAAUGAGCUGAAAGAAGCACAAAGCUCUGUAAUGCUUCAGAGAUGCUGAUAAUUCUGUGUUCAUCACCAGAGAUUCCGUGCUUUAUGGUUAGAUGGACCUUUCUUAUUCUAGGUAGCUAGCUACAUAUGUAGGAAGACAACAGCCCUAUUCUUAAUUCUGCCCACAAAGCUCUGUUCUAGGGAUAAAACAGCCGACCUUUUUGAGUCUCUUAACAGAUGGGAGAUGUGAGCAUCUCAUCGAGGUCUGGAGCCACAUUCGUUUCUCAGUCAGAACAAUUAGCCUGUAGCACUUUUUACCGUCAUGGUCUAUGUCCAUCGCCGUGUCCCUGGGUUGAUCCAUGGCAGCAUGCAAUGUUGUCAGUAAAUGUCAGUAAAUUCUUCACAUUGUGGCUUUGAUUGUAAUGUUACCUGGAGAUAUCACACGUAGUUCUGGGGUCAUCAGCACUUCAGUGUCUCCAUUAUGUUGAGAGAACAGGCGUCUGGUGUUCAUGGUGUGUCCAUGUGGGCUUCAUCAUGCCACUCAUGUUUGAAAGGAAGAGGGCCUAUGCACAAUGUUACCAUUCUGACCUCCAUUUGAUAUCUUUAUAUUGCAAUUUCUUAUUCUAGCAGUCUUAAAAACUAGUGUCAUGCUGUAUCUUGAGAAUACCAGAUAAUUAUGUUGUGGUGAAGUCCGAACACUUUAUCUCCAGAUGAUCAUUAACAGUGAUUCAAUUGCAUCUCAGACCUAAAAGCGCAUUAGUAACCAGAGGCUCCACAGUUUACAGUUUCCCGUGCACCGUGGUUCAGUUUCCUCAGAGGAUUGAUGAUUUUGCUUUGACACUCAGAUGUUAAUUAAAGAUGGAGCCUACGAUAGUCUUCUUUAGCAGUCUGGCCCCCCUGCCUUCUUAUUCUGUGUAUUACUUCACAUGCAGGAUGUGUGCUGUUAGUUGUCCAUGAUGUGUUCAAGAUCAUUCCUGCAGUGUAAACAUGAUCUCAUGUAUCCGAUCAGAACUACUAGUGGUAGGCUACAAUACAUUAGGUGAGUGAUUGAUUUGAAUUUAGUCAAAUGUUUAUUUAGGCAUGACCAUGCUAGCAUUUCCAAGAGGUUGUUUCCUUCUGAUCUGAACUAUGUAACUUUGUGUAACAGUAUAGGUCAAAGUCCACUUACUUCUGGAGUCCUAAAGUCCCCAAAAAUAGUCUUUAAAUCUUGUGCACACAAGAAAAGAACUUGUGAACAAUAAAAUAUAUUUUGUGAACAGGAUGAUGUGUAAACAAGAUAAGUGUGUGUAAGAAAGAGCUGUGUGGGAACAACAUAACCUAUGCACAUUCAUAUGUUGUCCAACAAGACAAUAAAGUGCAAAUAAGAUCAAA